UGAGCCGCAAACCAGUCUUAUAUACCGCCAGGAUGAAUAUAUUGGCCGAUCCUUCUCGUUUUGAACACGUUGCAACCCCCCCACACACGCACACAACUGCGGACACAUGGUGGAAACCACGAAAUAGAUGACUCGUGCAUGGUCCCGAGUAUUCCUGGGCCAAAAUCAACAUAAUGAACGCGACGUCGCCCAUGGUUUGCACAAUAUCUUCAUCAGUUCGCAACCUCCCUGUUGUGCAAUGGUCCGCCACCGACCAAAUUAUUGCGUCCCCACUAUAAUCGGAUACUUGGUGCUAUCCAACCUCAACGCAGAAUUCCAUAAAUCCCCAGCCGUCACCGAAGUCGAUUCGUUUAGGAUUAUAUCUAAUCUCCGAUCAGCCGCGUCUUGUCCGGUGAUAUAUCGUUAUCCUAUAUCACAAACCGAUCUCUCAUCCCUCCACUAUACCUCAACUCCGCUUUUGUUUCUCUGCACACCUUGGUGUCUGACGCCAUUUUGGCUACUCCUUUCCCCACUCUCAUAUCCCAAAUCCGUGAUUCGACAGUCGUCCUUAAGCCUUGCGCGAGUUUCAGUCAGUCUUCCGGACUUUACGCGAGAAGGACGUCGAUUGGUCACCGAAGAGUGUACUGUAUAUAGCCGAGCCGCCACUUCUAUUGUCGGAUGUGAGGGUUCGGGUCUGUCUGUCAGGUCACAGCAGCUCAAGAUUGAAAUAUAACAUAUACACAACAUGGGUAAUGGAGGACAUUGCACUGGCAUACCAACUCUUAAGUGGGCGCCA